AUGACAAAGGACGGUGGAGCCAAUCUGAGACAAGGGAAGAUGGAGGACGUGGAGACCAUCGCGAACUUCAACUGUGCGAUGGCAGAAGAAACGGAGGGCUUACAGCUUGAUCGGGGUGUAGUGAUAAAAGGGGUGCAGGCAGUCAUGUUGGACGCAGCCAAGGGCAGGUACUACGUGAUCGAAGAGGAAGGGCAGGUUGUCUCAUGCCUCCUCAUCACCUUCGAGUGGAGUGAUUGGAGGAACAGCAACUAUUGGUGGAUACAGUCGGUAUAUACUCAUCCGUCAUACAGGAGGAAGGGGCACUUUAGCAAGCUGUUCAAGCAUGUGGUGACGGAGGGAAGAGCAGCAGGGGCAGCAGCCGUUCGGCUCUAUGCUGACAGUCAGAACUUGAGGGCUCAGGAAGUGUACAGGAAGCUUGGGAUGACCUCGCACUACCUUGUCUUCGAGACUCAAUGCUGA